AUGUGGAAGCCUCGAAUACCUCUCAACUUCAUCACGAUCCACUAUGCGUGGAUCAUAUUCAUGGGGCUCCUGAGCCUCGUCGUCAUCUGCCCGUACGGAAACAUGCCCGCUGUCGAUGCCUACUUUUUUGGUGCCAGCGGAUCUACCGAGUCUGGUCUCAACACUGUUGAUAUCAAAGACAUACCCACCUACCAGCAGCUUUACAUCUAUUUCAUUCCCAUAUUUACCAAUCUCGGGUUCAUCAAUACCGUCGUCGUGGCCGUGCGCUUGUAUUGGUUCGAGAAGAGACUCAAAGAGAAAGAUAACACGUCCGGCAAACAGCGGGAGCGGGAUCCGGAACCGAAUCCGCAGGACUCAGAGCCGAAGCCCAGUCCUCCAUCCCCAGAUGAGGCUGGGCGAAAGUCAGAUGGUCAUAUCACCUUCGCAGACGACGAGCACCCUCGCAGGAAUUCGAAAGUCCUAUACAUUCCUCCCCCAUUGGAGCGUGAUAGAGAUGAGGACGCCAUUAAGCCAGUUGAUUCCAGGGAUCCAAGCGGCCUCAAACGCCGUCGGACUCACCAUCACCGCGCCGGCCCGAGCAUGUCCACGGCCAUGUCCCUGGAGAGAGUGGCAUCUUCGUUCCUCGCUCCCGGAGGCAUUCUGACUCGCGAAAGUUCAUCGACUUCCCGUAAAGUAGAACCUCGCCCCUUGAAUCUGCCCGGUCUGUCGAGGGGUGUCACGGUCGGACGUAAUUCUCGCCUGUAUAACCUCACGGCUGAGGACAGGAGUCGACUUGGUGGCAUUGAGUAUCGAAGCCUCAAACUUCUUCUCAAAAUCGUUACAGGCUACUUUUUCGGCCUCCAUAUCUUCGGUGCCAUCUGUCUCGUCGGGUGGAUUCAUAGAGCUCCGACGAAGUAUACGGAUUAUUUGCAAGAGUGCGGACAGGAUAAGACUUGGUGGGCUUUCUACUCUUCCCAGACAAUGACCGAUAACCUCGGGUUCACCCUAACCCCUGACUCCAUGAUUCACUUCCGGGACGCCACAUGGCCAAUGAUCCUCAUGUCCUUCCUCGCCUUCGCCGGCAACACGCUCUACCCCGUCUUCCUCCGCCUCGCCAUCUGGAUCUUCUAUAAAUGCGUGCCCGCCAAGUCAUCCACGAAGGAGACUCUUCAAUUCAUCCUCGACCACCCGCGUCGCUGCUAUACGCUCCUGUUCCCCAGCACAACUACCUGGGUCCUCUUCCUCAUCAUAUUCGCCCUCAACUUCAUUGACGUCCUGUUGAUCAUCCUCCUGGACCUCCACAACCCCGCCGUCAACGAAUUGCCCAUCGGUCCCCGCAUUCUAGCGGCCAUUUUUCAAGCCGCGUCGUCGCGUCAUACGGGGACGUCGACGUUCAAUCUUGCUCUCGUUAACCCCGGCGUGCAAUUCAGUCUCGUCAUUAUGAUGUAUAUCGCUAUUCUGCCCAUCACCAUUAGCAUCCGCUCCUCUAAUACGUAUGAGGAGAGGGCGCUGGGAGUCUACCCUUUCGAGCAAGACGUGAAUGAAUCGAGGACUUCGUCGUAUAUUAUGACGCACAUCCGGAAUCAGUUGACGUUUGACCUGUGGUAUAUUUUCCUCGGCACGUUUAUAAUCUGUGUUGCUGAAGCGAAGAAGAUCAUGGACGGCACCGAUCCUGCCUUUGCUGUUUUCCCAGUCUUCUUCGAGGUUGUAUCAGGAUACGGCAACGUUGGCCUGUCCCUCGGCCAUCCCUCAGUCAACACUUCCCUGAGCGGAAAGUUCACAACUUUUAGCAAGGUGAUCAUGUGUUUCAUCAUGAUUCGCGGUCGGCAUCGUUCGCUCCCGUAUGCUCUCGACCGCGCCAUCAUGCUACCAAGCGAGGGUAUUGAGGGGGAAGAGUUGCGCGAAGAAAAGCCUCAUGACAGCUAA